ACUCAUCCGAUUUAUCUGGCAUCACUGCCGCCGACUAUGGGCGCGGCCAUUGGCAUUUAUUCUUCUCUUCGUUUGAAUUAAUCUAAGUUUCCAUCGUAAUCCCCAGUUUUAUCGAGUUUCCUCUUGUGUCAAUUCUCAAUUACCAAUUCGAUCGAUCUGAGUAAUUUUAUCGAUGAUUGGAGUGAAGAGUUGCAAAGUUUUUUGAGGGCGCAACAAGUGUGUUUAGGACGUGUAACACGGAACAAUCACAUCCGUCAACAAGUAUUUUCACCUGUAAUCAUGUUCGCGAAGUUUUUCAGUGUUGUUUUAAUUCUGGGGCUGCUUAAUAAAGGAGCUUCUGGAGCUGGAGGAUGGCUGCUCUGUUACCGUUGCAACAGCAAUCAGCCAGGGUGUGGUACCCCACUGAAUUGGUUGUGGUACUGGGGGGAAUACUGUCCUGAGGAUAAUGAUGUCUGUGUGAAAGUCAUUGAACGUAAAGGAGCUGAAGAAGUGAUCACAAGGGACUGCUUGAGCUCCCUGAAAGGCUUCAGGACUGAUAUUCCUGCUGACCAAUAUGAGGGCUGUCGACCAGCUGCUAAAGAUGUACGUCUUGGCCACUACGUCAACAACAGCAUAACGCAACUCGAUAUCCACAGAGAUUACUACGACGAGACAACGUGGUGCUUCUGUUACUUUGACAACAGGUGUAACAGUGCUACUGGUCUCAAAAUCUCAGGACUCCUCGUCCUUCUCGCCACCCUGGGCCACCAUUUCUCCAGCUAAGAUUACAAUUACAUGAUUGACUAAUUAAUGACACUAUUUUUUAAAUCAGUGACAAAUUGGUACAGUAAAUAAGUUGAAUCCCCCAUUUUAUUAAAUAUCGACUGCUGUUGAAAACUAUUGAUUUUAGGGAAACAUAUAAAAAUAGAGUUUUUCUCGAAAGAUUAAUCAGCUACAAAAAAGUUCAUCAAUGUUUUUCCCUUAAAUGGGUAGUUUUCGAGAUACAUCAAUUAAGGAAAUUAUAAAAUUCAAUUUAUCUUAGUUAUACCACUUGUCCGCUGAAAUAUAUUGUAGUUUAGUGAAACGUACAAGAAAUCGUGGAAGUUCGGAGUUUGCCUUCGCUCUCACGUCUAGUCCGUCCAUUUAAUUAGUAUCGAGAUUAAUGUAAAACAAAGCCGUCCAAUUGCGAAGAGCAAUGCAGAUUUUAUAGUUUUAUAUGUUAUUUUUUAAUGAGGGAGACUAUCUGAUCCUUUGACAUUGACAUCCAUAUUCUUACGCUAUCAAAUUGAAAUUCCAUAAAAACGAUGAUAAGAAAAACCAUUUCGUUUCCUUAAUUUUCAUUAUCAAUUAUUAUUAUUACAGUAUCAUGAUUACAAAUUUGUAUUUUUACAAAGGUUAUCGUUAAAUCUCACUUGAUUUUUUUCAUCCUCGCUCGAGCCUAUAUUUGCAAUAUAGUUUGAACAAAGGAUAUUGUGUACAUGUAUAUUUGCCUGUAGAAAUCAAUCACAAUGGAAAAUAAAGUUUUUUUUUACAACA